AUAAGGGAAAAUACCUCGGAAAAGCCUUGUUAAGAUUUCAGAUGAACGUAGUCAACGUACUCUUGUUCAAAUCUGAUGAUCUGAAAUUGUGACUGGUGUAGAGAUACUAAUCAACUGGAUCAACAACUCAAUGGCAGGGUCAAAUAGCUCUCUUCAUAGUGAUAAGAGGAUAUCUAGCAGAUGGCUCUUUCUGCAGGAAGUCACUCUGUUGAUGCUAUUAACAACUUACCUUGGAGCUGGCAAUCCUGUCAUUGCACCAUCACCAGUUGUUACAACAUAUCUUGGAGGAACCAUCAAUAUUACUUGUAUCAAGCCAAAUGAAGCCAUGGAAGUGGCAUGGGAAACAGGACUGCUGCCAUUGUUUGCUUUUCGUGAUGAAAAUAAUCUUGUCGUUUCUGUUAAUGAUAUUUCCCUUAAUGGAAGCUUUAUUUACUGCAUUGCAAGGUAUCCAUCUCAGCCUGUUACAUUUUAUACUAGUGAUCCAGUUGUACUUCUUAUUCAAGGAACCUUGGGUAGUUUUGAGUUGACCAAAGUGACUAAUGGGCCCUGCGAAGUAAAAAUAACAUGGAACUCUCCAUUCACUUUGCCAGGUGUGCCGAUAUUAGGGUACCAGAUUAACAUCACUAAUCAAGACACUGGUACAAAGGAUAUAAUUUUCACUAAAAACAGAAAUAUUUCUCUUAUACUUGACUACAAUUACACUGUGGCUGUGUCUGGUGUCAAUAGUGCUGGGGUAGGGAAUGUCUCAGUGGUUAACGCCUCUUCUGUUUUGAACUAUAUACAUGAAACAUUUUCUAGUUUAAAUUAUUCUAAUCCCAUUCCAAGUCGAAUUGCCAAUGAAUGGAAGGCUAAUAUUUCAUUAUCUAACUAUAAUCAGCAACAUAAGGAAAUUUUGGAGGACACUGGAUGUAAUGCUUUUAUUGUAAUUAAUUUUAUCAAUAGAAGCGAUUCAGAAACUGUAUUCACAUCAAAGGAAACACACGUUAAUGAUGAGGAAUUAUUAUCAAAUGAUCCUAUUGUUAUGAAAGAAGAUUCUCGUUACAAUGUAACCAUAGCGCUUAAAGCAUUCCAAAGGCAAGCAAAGGUAUUUGAAUCGGCAAACAUAGGGGAAUUGAGUACAUUUGAUGUCCAAGACAUCAACAAUGAUGAUGGAAACGACUGCUUACGUACAGAGUAUGUGGAUGGUUCCAACAUUAGUAAAUGUCGAAUUAAACUUAACUGCUCAAAUGAACUUCUGAAAAGUUUUAUACUUAAUGGAGGAAGAGAGUGCUUAAAUGAAACAGUGAAAAAUGCGACUUGUGUUCUUGAAGCCUAUGAUUGUGCCAAUGAUGAUUGUGUUAAUUGGGAAGGUCCUGCAGUUACUAGGAAUAUCACAAUCAGCAAUGUAUCAUCAGUUUCAUCGGAAGCUAUUGAAGGACCAAGUUCUAUCAGUUAUGUUAAGAGUACUAUACAUCCUAGUACUACUGAUACUACUAGUGCAAGUGAAAUGGCAUAUCCCAGUGACACAGUUGUAGCCACAAAUUCAAUUGAGCCAUAUAAUUUGAGCAUGUUCAAGUUGAUUGCAGUGAUUGUGGGGAGCAUAAUUACUAUCAUUAUCAUUAUUAUCAUAACUAUUAUGAUAGUAUUAGUUUUAUACUUUAAGAAAAGCAAUACAGUCAAGUCUUGUGAUAGUGAAAGCAAUCAUGCACAAGAGUCCUACAAAAGCAAAAGAAAUAACGCAAAAGAGUCUUGUGAAAACAAUAAACAAUGUGCAGAAGGAAAUUUUCCAGAAAAGUUUCACAGGAACGAAGAUGAUGAUCAAGAGUCUACUCUGUAAUGACUGCUGGUACUGCUGUGCUAUUACAAAAUUGCUUUUGCUAGCUAUUAUUUGUUAUAUAUUGAUAUAUUAUUUUGGUAUUCAUUCCUAUUAUUAUUUUCUAA